AUGAACCAAAACAAGUAUAUGAGUGCCACUAACAGAGAAAAGUUGGAUAUGGAUUGUCUUCGGACUGUCCAACAGAUCAAACAAAAGUUUCACCACUUUCUGCAUCAACUGAUCACUUGUACGUCCGAUUGCCCACAACUCCAGACCCAUAUCGGGCCCAAAGACUUCUUCUUCGAUGGCAACGUAACAAUUUGGUUGAACUGCACGGAAGACACCAAUAACAUAACGUUCUUCUCGACGACAGAGAAAAGCAUUUGUCUUAUAUCUCAAACUUUACUCAAGAAACCAAACGACAAUUUUUUAUAA